UCCUCCCACUGACCCCGCGGAUUCUCCGGGCCUAAAAGGAAAAAAAAAAACAACCCGAAGCCGAAAAAGAAAAAUCCUCGCCGCCGUCCCUCACCACGGCGACGGCCACCGCGACCUCGGCCCCGACGUUGCCGACGGCGCCCACCAUGUCGGCGUGCUCUCCCGUCCCCACGCUGCGGCCCGACGAGCGGUCCGACCUCCUCUCGCUGCUCGCCGCCGCCGCCCGCCCGCUCGCCGACGUCGUCGCCGACUUCCUCGCGCGGUUCCCCCGCGAGCGCCGCCUCCGCGUCGGCGGCGCCCUCUCCUUCCUCCUCGAGGACAAGAAGAUGCUUCAUCCUACUGGCCGUUUAAUUGCAUUUGCAAUUCUUCAUCAGAGCUAUUCGCCGCAGACAGCAAAUCCAUAUAUUCCUAUAUUGUUAAAUGCAGCCUGUGAUGAAACGUCAGAGAAAUCAGAACGGGCAUUUGUCCAGUUAUUAUUGACUUCAUCUAGUGGCAACAAUAACAACGAGGUCCUGAAUCAGUCUGCCGUAGAUUACAUAAAUGGAUCUGUAUCAGCAUCUCAGGAUUUUUUGCCUCGGGAACAACUUGAGAAGCAAUAUUGCAGUACUAGUGUACAUUCCCGGCCUCAGAUUAGUAGUUUCAGAGCUGCUAUGGUUAGAAGUGCUAUACCAGAUCCAGACGUGCCUCAAAGUUGUGCAAAUUCAUCAGAGUCUUCGAUAUCACCACCUGGAAGCAAACAGAAAUCUGCCUCUGAUGAUAGAGAUACUACUAUUGCUGUUUUACUCCAAGACAAAUCGGGGGGAAGGUUGGGUCCGCAAUGGAUUCGGCCCACACCCCCAAGACUUCCUGUACUUGAUGGGGAGCUACAAUGGUUGAACCCUGACAAUAACCACGAGCUAUUAUGGGAUUAUAGCAUGUGUGCUGACACGAGUCGAGGGGCUGCUAUCCGAGAUUUGAUUGCAAGAGCCUUAAAAGGUCCACUUGCACCUGCCCAACAGGAGCAAGUCAUAGUAGAACUGACAAAGGAUCCUAAACUGGUUUAUUACUGUGGGAUGACCCCACAGAAGCUUCCUGAUCUUGUUGAACACAACCCGCUCAUUGCUGUUGAGGUUCUUUCGAAGCUAAUUCACUCUCCUGACAUUCCUGGUUACUUUGAUGUUCUUGUGCACAUGGAAAUGAGCUUGCAUUCUAUGGAAGUUGUGAACAGACUUACUACUGCUGUUGACCUUCCAACAGAGUUUGUCCAUGAGUACAUCACAAAUUGUAUCCAAUCAUGUCAAAACAUAAAGGAUAAAUACAUGCAAAACAGACUUGUGAGACUAGUUUGUGUUUUCCUGCAGAGUCUUAUCCGAAACAAGAUUAUAAACGUUCAAGAUCUUUUCAUCGAGGUACAAGCGUUCUGUAUUGAAUUUUCACGGAUAAGGGAAGCAGCUGGUUUAUUCCGGCUACUGAAAUCGUUGGAGUGAAAGAAUUUAUAGACUGAUUGUAUCAGACACCGAAAGUUUGAAGUUUGCCUGUUCUGGGUAGUUCUCUGGCCACUGGGUGUUCAAGAUCGGUCUGGUAUGUUACGCGCACCAUCUCAAUUGCAGAAUCCGUGGCACCCUUUGUAAUGACAGUGCAUACCCUUGAAAGAGUGGUGGCUAAAACAGAGUAUACCAAGAGCAGUCGGCCAGUCAUCAGAUAACCAUGUGUUAAUUGUUGGUGCAUGUUUAGAUCAGCUUUGUACUUUGUAGGCUCAUCAUUUGUAUGGAAACGAAUAAUACAUGCAUGCUUUGAUCUAGUCAUAUUUGCCGUGUAACCUAAACAACGCUUCAAUCUGUUUUAUUGUCAGUCUGUUCUCGCCUGGUGCGCGGCUCUGGAUGAUUUUUCCACAAUUGAUUUACCGUUCUGUUUAAACCA